AAAACAUUGUAUGCGAUACUGGAACUCUCCUCUUUGUGAAAAGCUUUUAACAAGCCGCUGCUGAUUCAGGGAUGCUGUCAGUGCACACGGAGAGUCGGCGUGGAAGGACGUGCAGUAAACAAGGAGAAGAGUCAAGAAGGAGAACCGAGAAGAAGUCCAUCAGCAUUUGCAUGAGUCCGAUCCUGCCACACCUGUCAGAGCUCGCUUCCCAUUUCAUCCACUCCUUGACCCCUUUCCUCUCCGGAACCAUGCACCCUCAGCGUCCUCUUCCCCAAGCCAUGCCUGCUUCUCCAUCCUCCUCCUCACUGGGACAGCAGCUGAGAAACAUGGCCAUGGGUCUCGGGCGCGGAAAGAAUUUGCUAGGCGGGAACGCAGCCUAUGGCUUUGUGCAGUCGCUGAAGGAGUGCCUCUACUUUCUGCUCUGCUGUUGGUGCAUUAAGGAGAUACUGGACUAGAAACAAGUUGAUGGAGUCAACACCAUUUGGAGUGAUUUUUGUCUUUUGAUAUUUAAACAGAGAGAGGAUGCUUAAAAAAAAAAACAAA